AUGGAUCUCCAGGGUACCAAAGAGGCGCGGGCGCAAGAAGAAGCCACUGAUGGCCCUUUAGAUGCUUAUGGCGCCGGUAGUAGCCGUGGACGCUCGAAAGAGUUUCACAAGAACGAGGGUCGUGAUGCUCACGGGCAUGACAGCCAAACUAACGUCCACCCGCUCCGUCGUCGACAAUCAUCCUUUGCUUAUCCUCCCGGGGCUCGCCCUUCCACUGCGCCAUCCAGAUCCUCCCCUCGGCCUCGAGAACCCUCACCGUCUCUAGAGGCUAUCAGCAUUCCUACGGAAUUAGGGCUAAGUUCCCGCGACCUACGCUUACUUGCCAAAGCCCGAAAAUACCCAUCUGUCACCAAGAAAACGCUGAGCGAGCUCGACCUGCCCUGUAUUAUGGGCAACAUCAAUCUCCGUAUGGACGCCAAUUUUGAUCGAGAUCUACAUUUCAAGCCCGAUCUGGAUGGGGACAAAGGUACGCGGAAGCGCAAGGAGGCAACCGACUACUGGGACUCAAUGGCGACGGAAAUUGCUAUCUAUGCGUUCCAUGCAGCGUAUCCAGAUGUCGAGGAUUUCCAACAAGAGAACUCUCAACGCACGUUUGAACCUCGACUACCAACCAUGUUCGAAACCUUGCAGGAGGUAAUCAAGACUCUUGUUCCGGAGCGCGAUCAUCCGAAUGUGAUGCAGAAUCUAGAGGUCCCACUGCUCAUGCAGCAGAUUCGCAAGGGCGUCCUCGAUAUGGUCGCAUUGGCGACUUGGAUGGCUGCCCUUCUAAAGACCCACUGUGCACCUAUGCGAGAUGAGUGGGCGGAUCGCAUGGUCGAGCAAGUCACCGAGGGUUCACAGUCACAGGAUCCAAAGGAGAUUGUCAAUGGACUUCAGACAUUAUUCUCGAUUUUGGAGGCGAUGAAGCUGGAUGUUGCCAAUCAUCAAAUCCGCACCUUUCGUGUUCUUUUAAUUGAAGAUACUGUACCGUUCCUACAUGAAUAUUUCGAGGGCAAAAUUGGGCGUGGUCGUUUCCAGGUGGAGCCUUCAAGGUUAUGGUAUUUGGCUGUGCGGGAUCGAGCAGAGGAACAGAACAGCACAUCAUUAUCACAGCCCGACGAUGGCCUGAAGCCACUCGACGCUCUCUUCCAAGGAAUAGCCGAUAAAUUAUUACAGUUCGACCAACCUAAUGACUUCCCAGAGACGUUCAUUUUCGAUUCAGACCGACUAUGGCAGCUCCGCUCAACCAUUCAGAACCUAAUCAAUCUCGAAAUCGCAUGGUACAUCUUCGAGUCCUACGUACAUACACAAAAGCGAUAUCUUUCUGCACGCGAUGAGACCUACUCCACCUUCCGCUCCCGGAUAUGGUCUUUGAUGGAAGAAAACAUGGACCCAGAUUGUCGAGGCGCCGAAAUUGGAAAUGAUGAUCUAGAUCUAAGAGGUGGAGCGCAUUGGUUGCAGAACAUGCGCUAUAUCGCACUGGAGAUUGCCCGAUUUGCCUGCGCCGCAUGCUGUCUCGAUGUGGUAGUCGCAGAUGAAGUCAUCGCUCCCAUCGAGGCCGCCCUGGAGUGGCACUUGUCCAACGAGUCCGAACUCUUCCGUUACUUCCAGAACAACAUGCGCGAAAAGGUACUGAGUGCCACAUUGGCUUCGGCGCGAAGAUACCUGCCUCUGACCCCUCUCGCAAUCUGUGAGUCGCAACGCACGCCCCUGCCUGCCUCGACGGUAGGCCCGGCCGCUUCAUCCUCACCCUCUGCUACAUCCUCGCAGCCAUUGACACCACAGCAAUGCGAUAUUGAACGUAUCGGCAUGCGCCUAGCUCAUAUAGGCGUGCUGCACUGGCGUGUCUGGGCCCCGCUGUUGUAUCUCCGUGACGAGAUCGCGCUCGGCGAUCCAUCACUUGAGGCUGCAUAA